GUCCCUCAUGUCCCCAUGUCCCCAAUGUCCCCGCAGAAGCGAGAGGAGGGCUGGUGGGUGGUGAUCGGGGACUCCAAGUCCAACAGCCUCAUCUCCAUCAAACGGCUGACACUGCAGCAGAAGGCCAAGGUGAAGCUGGAUUUCGUGGCCCCGGCCGCCGGCACCCAGCACUACACGCUGUUCUUCAUGAGCGACGCCUACAUGGGCUGUGACCAGGAGUACAAGUUCAGCGUGGACGUCAAGGAGGCCGAGAGCGACUCUGACUCCGACUGAACCCCAAAAU